CCCGAGUGUUGUCCAUCANNNNUGAUGGACAACACUCGGGAGCCGAUAGUCAUCGAUGGUAUAGAAGUGCACUUCCCGUACAAACCAUACGGUUUACAACUGGAUUACAUGCGGUCUAUGAUUAGGUGCUGUCAACAGAAACAGAAUGGACUGUUGGAGUCGCCGACGGGUACGGGAAAGACGUUAUGCAUACUGUGCUCGUCGUUGGCGUGGAUUCGCUACCAACGACUUCUUAAGCCCACUCCUCGGGACCCGUUUGACGACAUAUUAAGUCAAUUCUUAGACGAGUUGUGGAAUCCAGUGGUGGAAACGGCGACCACUUCGGCGGCCAUUCAACUCUUAGACGAGAUGUGGAAUCCAGUGAUGGAAACGGCGACCACUUCGGCGGCCAUUAGUAUCGAUCAAAAGCCAGUCGUGUCCGACACUGAUAUCGUUAAUAUCAAAGAAGAGUGUUUUGACGUUCAGGUGUUUGACCAUAAUUUCGACAACUCUUUCGAUGAGCAUCUGGUGGUGAAGACAAUAGACGAGACGAAUGAGUCGCUUAUGACCAGUGAUGACGAUUCAAUGAUGACCAACGAUGACAGUAAACCAGAGGUUAUUAUCAUUGAUAGUCCGCCAAAAGUGGUUCCAGAAGUGAUAACCAUUGAAGACAGUCCACCAAUAGAGGCUCCAGAAGUUGAGGACGAGGUCCGCAGCGAUGAUAGCGGCGACAGAUUCGGCAAACGGGAGCCACAGAUUGUGUACACGAGUCGAACGCAUUCCCAGUUAUCGCAAAGUUGUCGCCAAUUGAAACAAACGGAGUACCGGACGGAACCGGCGGUUGUGUUGGCGUCGCGGGAACAGCUGUGUCUGUGUCCGCAGGUGCAGAGCCAGUCGGGGCCGUCGAUGCAGAGCCAGAUGUGCUCCAAACUGACAAAACACGACGAAUGCCAAUACUAUCCUAACGUUCAGGAAAAAGUGGACAAAAAUAUCGAGAAAUACUAUAAGUCGCGGAACGGCUGCAAAGUGAUGGACAUCGAAGAUCUGGUGGACUUCGGUCGGCAACACGAGUGCUGUCCGUAUUACUCGGCCCGCAAACUGGCCGACAAGGCGUCGGUGCUGUUCAUGCCGUAUAACUAUGUGAUUGAGCCGCGGAUACGACACUCAAUGAAAAUGACCAAAUCGUUGAGAGUGAAGAACUCUGUGAUUAUCUUCGAUGAGGGACACAAUAUCGAGGACAGGUUCGAGGAGGCGAUGUCCACAUCCAUGAACGGCCAAACGCUGGACACUUGUAUCAAACAAUUGCAUUCAAUUAGCGAAUGGAUGCAACGGACGCCCGAAGAGAAAGUGAACGAUAGGUUCAAAUGUGACGCCCAAUACAAUAUCAAUCGGGUGCUCGAGUUGUCCUCAAAGCUCUGCGAACUCCAGAAGCUUAUAUUUGCCCGUUUUGUGGCCAAAUUCGUUGACAAACCAUUAACUAAAGAGUUGUUUAAACUGUUGGACGAAUCGGGCUUUGAAUACGAGGCCAUCGGAUCGUGUAUUGGAUUCAUUGGCUUUAUGUACGAAUUGUGUUGCUUUCACGGCAUCGGUACCACCAGUCAACACAUGUCUAUCCGUUCGGUGAAAGACUUUUUUACGAAAAUAUACCCGAAAUGGUUAACACCGGAAAAAUUUAACCAUAUGUUUAUCAUGUCAUUCAGGUGUAUGAGUCCAAGUGUUGGCGCCAAAGAACUGAUGGCCGAAGGCGUCCACAGUAUGAUAAUCACGAGCGGAACUCUGGCACCGAUUCACUCGUUUGAGUUGGAAAUGGAUAUGAAGUUUGAGGAAAUACUACAAAACAAUCACAUCAUUGGCGACAAUCAGCUGUCGAUCGUAACCAUCGGUGAAUCCAAAGACAACGUAAUGUUGUCCUCGAAUUACAAGAACCGCGACAAAGAGGAGUACGUGCGGGCAUUGGGUCAGACACUGGUCGACGUAUUCAAAGCGACCCCCAAAGGGAUUCUGGUGUUCUUCUCGUCCUAUCAGGUGCUCAAUAAAUGCGCUAAACUCUGGACUCAACUCCGGGUGUGGGAAGAGCUCAAUGCAGUGAAACGCGUGUUUCUUGAGCCCCAAAAUAAGCUGGAAUUUAAUAAAGCCUUUGAGAGAUAUAAGCAAACAGUGGACAACGGCUUCUCCAACGGCGCCGCCUUUUUAGGUGUAUUCCGCGGCAAACUGUCCGAAGGUAUCGAUUUGCCGGACGACUACUGCCGUGCGGUUGUCAUGACUGGCCUCCCAUAUCCGGCGGUAUUUGAUCCGCGCGUUAUGCUUAAGAAAAAGUAUUUAACCGAAGCCCAGAUCGGACUCACGCCUCACGAGUGGUAUGCGUUGCAAAUGAAACGGGCGUUGAAUCAGGCGAUCGGUCGAGUGGUCCGACAUAAGGACGACUACGGAGUGAUUAGAAAAACCCAGAUCGGACUCACGCCUCACGAGUGGUAUGCGUUGCAAAUGAAACGGGCGUUGAAUCAGGCGAUCGGUCGAGUGGUCCGACAUAAGGACGACUACGGAGUGAUUAUUCUACUCGACUCCCGGUUCGCCUCACUAUCGGACGGUCUCUCCAAAUGGAUCGAAAGGUUUAUUAAAAAGCAUUCGAAAGGCUUGUAUUUGAACCAAACGUAUGCAAAAAUAAGACUAUUUUUCCAUCGUUUCAAUACAAGUAAUAAAAAUAUGAAUGAAAAUAAGAAUAUUAUUGAUAAUAAAAAGAUUGUGUUGUAU